GAGGAGGAGGAGGAGGAGGAGGAGGAAGAAAAGCAGUGGGAGGUGAGAUCAUCACACUACUCUUUUCCUCUUUAUAACCCCCCGAGGUCCCUCCUUCCUCUCCACUCAGUCUCCAUAACCAUAACCACUCAUACGUUACUGUAAGUAACAAAGCCACCACCACCACCACCACCACCACCGCCUCCGCCGCCACCACCUCAGUGAUGGGCAGCACCGAUUACAUGUUCCAGAAUCACGUCGGUUGUGCUCAUCGUGUGGCACUCCCACCUUCGCAGCCCUUCUUCCAUUCACUCAAGCUCUCUCUAAAAGAAACCUUCUUCCCUGAUGACCCUCUUCGUCAUUUCAAGAACCAGUCACCUGGUCGGAAAUUUGUGUUAGCUUUACAGUACUUUCUACCCAUCCUUGAAUGGGCACCUCGUUACACUUUCCAGUUCUUCAAAGCUGAUUUCAUCGCUGGGAUUACAAUUGCAAGCCUUGCGAUCCCUCAGGGCAUCAGUUAUGCUAAGCUGGCUAAUCUCCCACCCAUCCUUGGCCUAUAUUCGAGCUUUGUCCCACCUUUGGUUUACGCCAUGAUGGGAAGUUCGAGAGAUUUGGCUAUUGGGGCAGCGGCUGUUCCAUCACUACUCAUAGGUUCUAUGCUUGGGAGAGAGGUGAAUCCUAUUGCGCAACCCAAGCUGUACCUUCACCUCGCCUUCACUGCUACAUUAUUUUCCGGUGUUUUCCAAGCUUCCUUGGGUUUCUUAAGGCUUGGGUUUAUUGUGGAUUUUCUUUCACAUGCAACCAUAAUAGGGUUCAUGGGUGGAGCAGCUACAGUUGUUAGUUUGCAGCAGCUGAAAGGGAUCCUGGGUUUGGAACACUUCACCAACAGCACUGACCUUGUCUCAGUCAUGCGUUCUGUCUUCACCCAAACACAUCAGUGGCGAUGGGAGAGUGGUGGAUUGGGCUGUGUCUUCCUCUUCUUUCUCAUCCUCAGUAAAUGCUUGAGCAAGAGAGGGCCAAAAUUCUUCUGGAUAUCAGCCAUGGCGCCACUGGUUUCUGUGAUUCUUGGAAGCCUCCUUGUCUAUCUCACCCACGCUGAGAGACAUGGUGUUGCAGUGAUUGGACACCUGAAGCAAGGCUUGAAUCCACCAUCUUUGACCAGUUUUGAAUUUGGGUCUGAUCAUCUGAUGCUAGCCCUUAAAACCGGAAUCAUCUCUGGUGUCAUCGCUCUUGCCGAAGGAAUCGCUGCGGGAAGGAGCUUCGCCAUGCUCAAAGACUACCAAAUCGAUGGCAACAAAGAGAUGAUUGCCUUUGGGAUGAUGAACAUCGCUGGCUCUUGCACUUCUUGCUACUUGACGGGAGGACCUCUUUCGCGUGCGGCGGUGAACUUCAAUGCAGGAUGCAAGACUGCAGUCUCAAACACUGUGAUGGCUAUUGCUGUGUUGAUAACUAUGUUGUUCCUAACACCAUUGUUCCACUACACUCCCCUCGUCGUUCUUGCUUCCAUUAUCACUACGGCCAUGAUCUGUUUGAUCGACUACAGGGCUGCUAUCCAUCUUUGGAACCUCGACAAAUUUGACUUUGUUGUGUGCAUUAGUGCAUACAUCAGUGUAGUCUUCGGAAGUGUCGAGAUGGGUUUAAUCGUAGCGGUCACAUUAUCCAUGCUUAGGGUGUUUCUAUUCAUAUCAAGGCCAAGAACUUUUGUCCUUGGCAACCUCCCCAACUCCAUGAUAUACAGAAACAUCGAUCAAUACCCAGAUGCUAACAGUGUUCCUGGAGUUCUUAUACUUCAAAUUGAUGCUCCUAUCUACUUUGCCAAUUCAAGCUACUUAAGAGAGAGAAUCUCAAGAUGGAUCAAUGAAGAGGAAGACAGACUAAAAUCAUCAGGAGAGACAGGCUUACAUUAUGUAAUACUAGACAUGGGCUCCGUUGGUAGCAUCGACACAAGCGGGAUUAGCAUGCUUGAUGAAGUUAAGAAGAACAUGGACAGAAGAGGGCUUAAGAUGGUGUUGGCUAACCCUGGAAGUGAAUUGAUGAAGAAGCUAGACAGGUCCAAGUUCAUAGAGAACUUAGGCCAGGAGUGGAUCUGUCUAACAGUGGGAGAGGCUGUGGGAGCUUGUAAAUUCAUGCUUCAUUCAUGCAAGGCAGGCCCUGUGACACUUGAAACAGUCCAUGUGAAUAAUGUUUGAGCAAAUACUAUUUUGGAUCAAGUGUCCUGAAAUUAGGGUUUUUUGUAAAGGGGGUGUUAAUCAGUUAAAUCUUAAGGCUUUUCUCUUCUAACCACUGUAUAAGCUUGUAGAAUAUAUGUAUUAGGGUGCAAUAAUAUCAAGAGGGAAUUUAGAUUGUUGGUUGACCAUUUAUUUUAAUGUUUAAUUGGUCAACUUGUUUUUGUUGUCAUUUGGUUGUUGAGAUAUACCUUAUUGUACUUCAUAUUCCAAUAUUGUUUCUGAUGUUUCUAAGUCUCA